AUGAGUGCUACGUUCAGCCACAGCACAAGCUGGUGGAUUGAAACAGAGGAUGAGCUUGUCUGGACGGCGCCGACAAGCCUUCUCAUCCGCGCAGAGGCGCCGAUAACCCUCGAUAAGGGGUUCCUGGUGGUGCUUCCUCCAGCGCAAGCGCGCGAAAAUAGCACGAGCUCAUCAGCACCCGCAUCACGAUCACAUUCCACGACAAUCGAGCCAUUCAAAGCCCAGCCCGAGACUGCGCAUUCCUUGCAGCCUUCCGACCUCCCUUGA